UAAUAAUAAAUUAAAUAAUAUCAAUAAAAAAUGAAUGUUCAAAUAAUAAUAUUCUUACUAUUUGUCGCAUGUUUUACACACAGAGUGGAGGCUGCUGAAUGGGUGGGCAUAUUCCGGGAUAAGAAACAUCCAGGUAAGUGCGCCAUUGAACCGUCCCUAAUAAUCGACGAGGGUGUUAGUAUCAAGGAUCCCAGUGGGGAAUGCCGGCGAAUCACCUGCGGCUUCAAUGGCACGGCCAUAUUCCAAAGCUGUGGCAUCAUUGGGUUACCAUCCCAUUGUCGAUUUGGGAACUAUAUCGACAUCGAUCAACCCUAUCCGCAUUGCUGUGAACGUAAAAUCAUUUGUAAUACUGAAAUUUUCACCAACGACAUUUAAGCAAACUGUGCAGUAAAUUUUAGUUGUAUCCCAAUAUAUAUUAUAUAUAGUUUCAUCUACAUAUUCAAUAAACAAAAUGUAUCUU